UCGUCGGGACCGCCGUACCAGUCUGCCUUGCUCCGUGGCGUUAGUAAUAAUUAGCGAGCAUGGCGACCGCACAGUGAUAAAGAAAUAAAAAUAAAAUAUUUAAAAACGAAAAAUUAAAAAAUAAAAAAAAUAAAGAAAAGAGAAAAAACAUCCGUCGCCAUCGCGCGUGGCGUUUGAAGCAUAUCGUCAUAGAGGAGAGUUUGGAUCUAUUUUAAAUGUUCCUUUCCAAGAUCGAAUCAAACAAUCGGACUGAUGUACAGCCUAGGGUUCAAAACACGCAAUAGUCCAUCGCAGAAAACGUCAUUGCGUUGGGGCGAUUGUUGUCCGCUGUUUUGAGCCAAUUGCACUAAAAGCCUGCAGAAAACUAAAAUCGGUUUACAUUUAUUUUUUGUAACUUCGAGCCAAGCUUUCCGUUUCAUAAGAGUUACCUUUAAUAAUCUGUUAAUAAAAAGUAUUUCGCGAUAUACAUAUCCUAUAUUUGUUUAAACUUUGUUACAUACAUUUUUAUUAAUAUAUUUUUGUUGUGUUGAAAAAAUAAAAAUACCUAACAAAAACAAUUUGUUGGUGAUAUUGUUACCGGAAAUGUGUUAGUCAAUUUGAUCUAGAGAGCACUAAUAGAAAAAACGUGAACAGUCGUUUGGAAGACAAUUUAAUUACAAAGAAAAGCACACGUCCGACCAAAUCAUACACGAUGAACGUUGUGGGCAUCAUAUCUAUAGUUUUCUUCUACUGCCUAAUCUUGUCGGUUGGACUAUGGGCCGGCAAGAAGAAACACACCGGGAACUCGGAGGAAGAAGUAAUGUUGGCGGGCAGAAAUAUUGGACUUUUCGUCGGCAUAUUUACGAUGACGGCAACUUGGGUCGGCGGUGGUUAUAUUAAUGGGACGGCCGAAGCGAUUUACACGUCAGGCUUGUUAUGGUGUCAAGCUCCAUUCGGAUACGCUCUAAGUUUGGUCUUCGGUGGAAUAUUUUUCGCCGAUCCGAUGCGCAGACAAGGAUAUGUCACCAUGUUGGAUCCACUUCAAGAUUGUUUUGGAGAACGUAUGGGAGGACUGCUGUUUUUACCAGCUCUAUGCGGUGAAGUGUUUUGGUCUGCCGGGAUAUUGUCUGCUUUGGGGGCUACGUUGAGCGUGAUAAUCGAAUUGGACCAGGCUACCAGCGUGAUUUUGAGUUGUUGCAUCGCAGUUUUCUACACCAUUUUUGGUGGACUAGCCAGCGUCGCCUACACGGAUGUCAUUCAACUGUUCGCCAUAUUCAUAGGACUGUGGUUGAGUGUGCCAUUUGCGUGGUAUAACAAGAAAGUAGAUUUUAACAAGCCAGGUUUGGAUAUGAUCGGCGAGAUCCAGGGAAAAGAUUUCUUAAGUUACGUAGAUUAUGCGUUGCUGUUGGUGUUUGGUGGAAUUCCGUGGCAAGUCUAUUUUCAAAGGGUGUUAUCCAGUAAAUCUGCUGCACAAGCUCAGAUACUCUCAUUUGUCGCUGCUUUUGGAUGUUUCAUUAUGGCAAUACCACCGGUCAUUAUUGGAAUGGUAGCAAGGGCUACAGAUUGGAAUCAAACACAAUACGAUGGUCCGAUGCCAAUGACUCAGAAGGAAACUAGCAUGGUGUUGCCAAUGGUUAUGCAGUACUUAACUCCGGAUUGGGUGGCUUUCUUUGCAUUGGGCGCGAUUUCUGCAGCUAUAAUGUCUUCGGCUGAUUCCAGUGUUCUAUCUGCCAGUUCUAUGUUUGCUCGAAACAUCUAUCGAAUGUUACUACGACAAAGCGCAUCAGAAAUGGAGAUUGUAUGGGUCAUGCGAUUAUCUAUCAUAGUCGUUGCUAUUUCUGCUACGACUAUGGCAAUUACUAUCCCGUCCAUUUACGGCCUGUGGUCCAUGUGCUCUGACCUAGUUUACGUUAUCCUAUUCCCGCAGUUAACUAUGGUAGUUCAUUUCAAACACUAUUGCAAUACAUACGGGUCACUAGCCGCGUACAUAGUCGCAUUUUACAUACGUAUAGCUGGAGGCGAACCUCUAUUGGGCCUGUCGCCAAUGAUAUACUUCCCUGGAUGGGACGGUGAAAAACAACUGUUUCCGUUCCGGACCACAGCUAUGCUUUGUUCGUUGUUUACGCUGGUAUUCGUCUCGUGGUUUACAAAGUGGCUGUUUGUCAAUGGAAAGUUGGCGCCACACUAUGACUGGUUCCACUGCGUGGUGAACAUCCCGGAAGACGCGGUGCGCGUCGGAGAGCCGCAUGAGGGCGAACAGAUGACCACGCUCACAUCAGGUCCGAUGGGGGCACAAUAUGGCGCCGCAGUGACCACCGGUCUGGUCGGCAAAGACGAACGGAACGGCAGAAUUAACCCAGCGCUAGACAUCAACGACGACGUCGCUAGUACCACUACCACGGCGGUUCAGAGGAAAGCCAGCGUCGUAGGAAAGGUGUACAAGCAGGGAUACGAGCAGACGACUACCGGGUUUUGAGUCGGUCGUACCUAGCACGGCCUCGUUCUGGUAGGAUCACGAGUAUUAUCGUAGUAGCCCUCUAUUUGCAAUUUAUUGUAACCGAAAACUCCUAAGUCUUAAUACAACCAUAUAACCUAUUUAUUCAUAAGAGUGGGCCGACCGUAACACGUUUGGGUAUGAUUGGUAUAAAUAAAAGACAAAAAUAGUAUACCUACGAUUGAGCAUGUUCGUACUUACUAUUUCGAGCACUGCAUAUUGAGCAUACGGCAAAUAAUUAUUAGCCACGCACGCUGUCUAGUUGAAUAACAUGGUUCAGUAUGGUUCAUAAUAAAAAGUUAUUUUACUUACGUUA